AGGUGGGAGAUGGUAGACGCGGCGAGGAUGCGGGGUCACGGCUGGGCGGGGGGGUAUUUUUCUUCGAUUUGUUUUUUUUAAUGCGCUUUUUCAGGGGUGAUGUCGACGUCGAUGUCCCUCGGUAUCCACUGUACUGGAAGUCUGGGGAAGUCUGCGGUGAUUGGAUUGUGCUGCGGAUGUGGUCGGAACUGUGGGGUUACCGGGAUAUGGUCAUUGGUCAUUGGUGUAUGUACGACAGUAUGAGUACGAGUAGCAAUCAAGAAUGCUUGGCAUUAUCGCCUCGGAGCUGUGGUGGUUUUGAUGGUUUUGAUGGUUUUGAUGGUUUUGAUGGUUUUGAUGGUUUUGAUGGUUUUGAUGGUUUUGAUGGUUUUGAUGGUUUUGAUGGUUUUGAUGGUUUUGAUGGUUUUGAUGGUUUUGAUGGUUUUGAUGGUUUUGAUGGUUUUGAUGGUUUUGAUGGUUUUGAACAUAUUGGCUCUCAUCGUGAAAUAAGGUUCGCUGCUGCAACUCGGCCUCGGUAGAGCUGGUACGGGUGUCGACAGGCCCGGGAGCACGCGGGAGGCGACUGCUUGACACUGACAGUGCGAUGGCAGGCCUGGGGACCAGGGGUGCGCAUCGUCACACGGUGCUGUACGACGUAGACAGAGGUAGAAUACGAACCGGGUGUGGAC